GGUCUCAUCUACUUCUGCCAGGCUGCGAAAGCUGUUCAAUCUCUACUGAAAAUAUUGGAGCCCAAAAUUUGUCCAGAGGUGGAGUUGGAAACUGAUUGCUUGUUGCUUGUUCAAGUGAGUCAAAAGCCUUUCAAAGUUGAUUUUGAUUCUCGAUCACUUUUAGAAGACAUUGAAGAUAUGGCAUCAGGUUUCAGAGAUUUUGUUACUUGCGAAGAGACAAGGAAACCAAGUGGCAUAUGA